CUAUAAAUUAGUCUAAUUUUAAUUUAAUUUCAAACCAUCGAACAGUCUGAGGUGACAAUAAUUUAACAUAGAUGAGCAUUUAAAUCAUGGUCAGUAUUCUUGGUGUACUCUGUACACCAUUUUUAUUCGACCUCUAAAUAUUCUGUGUUUAUAUGUACAGGGAGUGUGUGAAUCACCGACUGUGCUUGAUCUGGGCGGAUUACUUCAUUUGAAGUCUUGGGAAUUAUAUAUAAUGGUAAAUGUCAAAAUUAGAUGACAUUACUAGGUUAUGUGUAAAUAUUUAGAAAAAUUAAUUGGGCACAUUUGUUAAUAUCUUAUACGAACUUAACUAUAUUUUAUUAAAAUGACGGGCAGAGUGAAAUCUGGGAAUGCCAGAAUUGAGGUAGAGAUUGAAAGAAAUAGAGAAGAAGGAAAUUGGUCCAAGGUUAUUGAAUUGGCAGAGAAUUUAAAGGAGAAACAACCUGAAAUAGCAUGUUUGAGUGAUUUCUUAAUAGGUGAAGGUAAAUUAGAAAAUUACUUAGAGGAAUCACCACCGAUUGAGGCAAAUAUAAAAAAAGCACUACAUGGGCUAAUAGAUGCCAAAAGGUACCUAAACAUGGCCAUCACUGAGGCUGGAGUUAAAGCGGGGGUUGCCAUGGAUGCAUAUUUAUUACUUGGAAAAUUAAAUUAUGCCUGUGGCCUGUAUUCAGAAGCUUUAAAUAAUUUUCAGAAAGCAGAUUUACAAAACUUAACAGAGAAAAAAUUGCCUCUGCGAAGCCUCAGAAUUGUGGCAGAAUCAUAUGCAAUUAAGGGCUUAAGUUUGCAGAAGGAAAGCACAAGAUCUAGUAAAUUUAAAAAGGCAGAAAAAGAUGAGGAACUUGCUAAGUGUUUUGAUUUAGCCUCUGACCUUAGUUUGUUGUAUAUGCAAAAACUUGAAAAGGAAUUGUCUACUGUCAACCCAACAGGUCCAGGUACAUAUUCACCACAGCCCACUGCAGCUGUGACUAAAUCCCUCGGCGUUAUCUUGGAACAGGCACUUCAAGAAGCACCAGCUGUUUUGCUGCAACAGGGUAAACCUGAUGGAGCCCUCGAGCGAUAUCGAGCCUCCUUGUGUGCUGUUGAGGCCCAGGGCGUUAAUUCGGUGCGACUCAAAUUCAUGUGCCAAAUGGCAGAGCUGCUGCUCCAGGGGCUGGUUGGGGAAAAGUACAAACCACCACUAAGCACUAUGGCUCGUACUUCUAUUUGGAAACCUAAGCACUACACUUCUUUAAAUCAGUUUAUACCGCGUAACGAUUGCGAGGAGACGAUACUUUUGCUCCUUGUUGCUGAAUCGAUGGCUGUUCGUAACGCAGUUCUAUCUCAAUCACCUGAAUUCAAGGAAGCUCGGGUAAGCGCAUACCAGGAUGCCACAGCCGUAUACGAUCUUCUUACAAUCGCCACUGUAAGAUGGGGACAAAUAUCUCUGCUUCAAGAGUCAUUGGAAAGGUCCAUGAAAUUUUCAUUCGAAGAACCGCACCUAUGGAGGCAACACGCUCUCUCGUUACUUUCAAUUGGAAUGUAUAAUUACGCACUGUCAGUUCUCAGGGAAGUCAUUCGACUCGAGCCAACGAAUUCUAGUAACUGCCUGUUGGCCGCGAAAUUGUGCUACGAACAUUUGAACCUCGCUGAAGAAGGUACAAAUUUCAGUAUAGAAGCAAAAAAUAAGGAAAUGGUGACGCCGUCCGGCUUAUUGGGAAGGUGUCACUUGUAUAUUGGUAUUGGAUAUUAUUUGCAAUCUGAAGGUUGUCAACUGAAAAAGGAAAAGGAGGAGUUUCGUUUAAAUGCACUGAAUAAUUUUCAGAGCGCUGUCGAAUUGGAGCCAAACGACCAUUUGUGUAGAUAUUAUUUGGGUUUACAACUAGCCAUUAAAGGUGAAAUUUCAAAAGCCCAACAACACGUCAGAAUCGGUUUGGAUUUACAACCCGAAAGUUUUUCAACGUUGCAUUUAUUUGUUUUAAUAUUAACUGCUGAGAGACAGCACAAACUUGCGCUGACUAUUGUGGACAACGCUUUAGAAGAGUACCCAGAUUGCCUUAAUUUAAUGUACUUAAAGGCACAUUUAGAAUUACAUGAACAAGGCGGCGAGAGAGCUCUUGUAACUGCCAAGCAAAUGUUGGAACUGUGGAAAAACUUAUAUGAAGGCCAAACCAUUUCGGACAUGCCCGAGUGUGACCGAAAAAGCGACACUCGAUCAGUCUUCCAAUUAUACACGUCUGAAAUGUCGGAUAAGGAUUCCAGUUCCCUUCAACUGCACAACACUCAGGUUACACGCGUGGAACAAGCUCUCAGUGAGGUGGCGAGUUCCAUGAGUAGUUUUAGUCCAAGACCCGGACCGCAAAGGGCUUGGCUAUUACAGGUGGAAGUUUGGUUGCUGCUUGCUGAACUUUACCUAUCUAUGGACCAACAGGCGGACGUACAACAAUGUAUUCAGGAAGCAACACAAAUCUAUCCACUCAGCCAUCACAUCAUGCACAUGAAGGGAUUACUACACAUGCACAAACAGGAAUGGCCUGAAGCGAAACUAUGUUUCCAAAAUGCUGUGGCAAUUAAUCCGCAGCACGUUAAGUCACUUCAACAAUUGGGACUGGUGUAUCAUUACUUAGGUUUGCAGGGUCUAGCUGAAACGACACUAAGGGAAGCUGCCAAAAUUGAACCUAAAAAUCACAUAACUUGGUAUAAUUUAGGUAAAGUGUUAGAAGCUCUUGGUGAGUACGAAAAGGCUGCCAACGCGAUGGCCACUGCUUUAAUGGAGGAAAAGAAUAAUCCUAUUCUUCCCUUUAAUUCUGUUCCUUUAUGUUUCGAAUAAGCUAAAAAGUGCUAAAGAUUUGGUUUGGAGGUGGAUGGCAAUGUAUACAAAUCUGGUGUUAGUAAACAAACUCAUCUUUAGUCUUAUAGAUAACUGUGGUAUUAGACAAAUAUGGUCAAUGUUCAUAACUCUUGUUAUUUAUUGUGUAAGUAUUAUUUAUUGCAUUACAUUUUUUAAAAUAUACUAAGUUGUUGACUAUUUAAGAGUACUUACUGUGUAUAUAAUAUUAUAUAAUUGGUCAAACUAUGUAGAAUUAAUACAAAUAAUAUUUUUGAUGUGCUACUACAAUAUCUUAUGUUAUAAGUUGUAUAAAUUAGUCUGAAUGAAUUGUUUUUUUAUUUAUAAGAGUAAUACAAUAAGAAAUUUAUUUUCCACUUUUCAUAAACUGCAACAUUCAAAACAGUAAUGCUUUUGUUUUACAUUCCAGAAUUUUAGAGUAGUUUUUGUCUUCCAUUCACGUUAAUUCAAAAUUACAAAUAAUAUUUGUAUUUAAUUAUUUCAGGCUGCAUUUAUUAUACGAUUUUUUAUAUUAUGUUUCUUUUUGUACUAAACUCUUUUUACUAAUUUGGUAUGUAAAUGUUGAAAAUAUAAUUGUAUAAUUGACAUAAAAAUAAGACAAAUUGUUACAUAUAAAAUUGUUUUUAAUAAAAUAUAUCUAGAUGAA